AUGUCAUUCACUGAUGAAAACUGGUUAACAACCAAGCAAAACAUCAGAGAAAGAAUCAAAACAUUGUUCAAUAACGAAUUGUUGAGCGAUGUGCUGUUGAUUGUCCGGAAGUCACCCGAGUCUUGCAGUGAAGAUUCGAAUCAUGGUCUUGCUGGGGCUAUAAAAAAAGGCAAAAUGGAGAUACCAGCUCACAAGUUCGUGUUGGCGAUUAGCAGUCCUGUGUUCUUUGAGUUGUUUUAUGGUCAAAUACCCGAAACAUCGAAGUCAGUUGAGUUCCAUGACUGUGAGUAUGAAGUUCUGUUGGAAGUGCUGCGUUACAUCUACAGCGACGAAGCCAACUUGAGUGAAAGUAACGCGAUUAAGGUUUUGCAUUUGGCAAAACAUUACAAGUUGCCUUCGCUCGCCGACAUGUGUAUUGGAUAUCUGAGAAAGAACGUAACUGCUACCAAUGUUAUUCGGAUUCUUAAAGAAGCUAAAAAAUAUCAGCUAGAAAGUGUUGUGGGCGGCCGUUGUUGGGAAGUGAUUGACAAAUAUACUGAACGAGUACUGAGAUCAGAUGAAUUUGUCACGGUAGACAAAGUAGUCCUUGAGAAAUUAGUGGACAGAAAUUCUUUGUCUGUGAGUGAGGUAGCAUUGUUUGAAGCAGUGAACUCUUGGGCAAAUGAGCAAUGUCAAAUUCAAGGCUUUGUUCAAACAGGAAAUGUGAAAAGAGAACUACUUGGAGACAAAAUUGUCAGAAAAAUUCGCUAUCCAGUUAUGAGACAAAGUGAAUUUGUCAAAGUGGUACUUGACAGCAACAUUCUUAACCCAAAAGAGUGCUAUGAACUGAUAAGGCAUUAUUCUUCAGUGUCGCCUUCGUCUCUGGAAUUUCCAGACAAAAUGCGAGUUGGAUGGCAACAAGAAAGCUUAUGCAGAUUUGGGUCUGUAGUUGAGUAUGGGUGGGUUUACAGCCCUGGCAAGGUUGACUCCAUCUUUCUAACUGUGGACAAACCUAUUAUUUUGCAUGGCAUACGCUUGUGUGGCUAUCAAAAUGAAAACUAUUCAUUACACCUAAGAAUAAAGGACACAAGUUCCUCAUCAGAUAUUGUCAGUCUUAAAAGGCAUUUUCGUUCACAGAAGCUACUGUACAAAUCAAGUCAUUACUGGGGAUUUGAGGUCUUGUUUGAUCUUCCUGUUGUCAUAGAAAAUGGAAUAAGGUACUCUGUUGAUGCAUAUAUUUCAGGUGCAUUUUCAUGGCGUGGACAGAGUGGUGUGAGUUCUCUUCAGUGUUCUGGAGUGUGCUUUAAAUUUGAAAACAGUGAACAAAGUAACAAUGGCACCAGUGUCAAGAAGGGACAAUUUCCUGAAUUCUUGUUCUGCAAACGGUGA